AUGGCGGACCAAGAAGGAAAUAUAUUUUCUUUUGACGAACUUGUAAAUAUUUUCAGUUAUCUUUCGCCUGGAGAACUUUCUAAAUGCUCUCAAGUCUGCAAAGAUUGGUAUGAAGCCUCCCAAGUUGGUUCUUUAUGGAAGAAGCAUUGUUUGCAGAAAUGGAACUUCUGUCAUCUGGGAAAACUGAAACCUGGAGAGAGAACAUGGCAGAGGUACUAUGUGGCUCGGAAUAAGAUUGAAACUGGUGUAGCCACAGGGAGGCCAGGCCAAGAUUAUGUAUGCAAAACAUUACGUGGGCAUAAGGGCCAGAUCACAGAUGCAGUUUUUGUCACAAGCAAUGAUGUUUAUAAUGAGGAAAUAAUUGAGAAGAAUGUCUAUCCGAUUGUUGCAAGCUGCAGUCAAGACAAGUCUGUAUGUGUAUGGAAUGUGCGAGAAGGAAGAAGUUUGUGGAAGAAGCAAUCUCAUGAAUCAUCGGUUGCCUGUCUAACAGUUUUCUCCAAUAAUACUCUGAUGGCAAGUGGAGAUGUUGGAGGGAACAUCAAGUUGUGGGACAUCAAUACAGAGCAAGCCUCUCCUUUGCAAGGCAGCCAUUCUGCUGUCGUAACCUCAAUGGUGUGUGGAAAAGAUGUAAUUGGACAAGAGAGAGGUGGAGACCAACUUCUUUUUGUUGGGUUCAGAGAUGGCUAUGUUAAGAUGUGGGAUCCACGGCAGACAUUAAGUCCUCAAUAUGAGCUAACAUGUUCAUUUGGGUUAAAUUGUGUGAAACUUCAAUCUGACCAUCUUAUGGCUGUAGCCUCUAAGUCUGAAAGCACCAUCAAGAUAUUUGAUAUAAGACACCUUGCACCAGACUGCUGGAAGAGCCCUGAGAUGCAAACCCUUCAGCAUCCAUCUGAUUCAGUUGUGACUUGCUUUAGUUGGGUUCAUGGCAAACAGAACCAAAUUAUUGCAGGGUUCAACAAUGGUGAUGUCAUCCUCUGGAAUACAGACACUAGGCAGCAGAUUCAUUGUUUUCAGGGACACAUAGGAGAGGUGUCAUGUAUCAGUACGAGGGGAUCAGCUUUGGUAACUGCUGGCCAUGAUCAUACUGUGCGUUUGUGGGAUUUAAACUCACUUGAGGCAUUACAAACCCAUACUAGUCAUGAGGGACCGAUUACAGGGCUGUAUAUUGACAGUUACAGAGUGAUAUCUUGCUCAAGGGAUUACUCCAUCAGAACUUACUGUUGGUCAAAGAGUUCAAACAAUCUAGACAGUAAAUACACUCUCCUUGGUGGCUCACUGCAAAGAGCAGGGAAUGGAUUUGAAAAAGUACUUUGUGAUUACUCUACAUGUGUUGGUAUGGCAAAUGAUGUUUUAAAAGCAUACUCUUUUCAGGUAUAAUCAUAACCAUUGCGAUUUCCUUCAAUGUGAUUGGUGCAUAAGCUGCAUUUUUUUUCUUUAAUUAUUCUGUAGAGUUGUAGUUGGACAGUGAAAUUGAACAGUUUGUUGUAAUUGGACACCUGUAAAUGGACAGUUAAAGCAGCCAGUUAUACUAAGUCCACUCAAUGAAAUCCACCUAUCGAAAAAUUGAUCAUAAUAGCCAUAGCAACAACCACUUCCCUACAAAACUGGGGGUUUCCAAAAUGAAAGAUUUUUGUACGUCAGACAAUGUCUCUAUCCGAGAUAUUUUUCCCAACUUUCUCUUCUUUCCACAGUUUUUAAAAUUUUCUUUUCAGAAGUUAUAAUAGUAAUGAUUAAAACCAUUUCUGUCUGUAAUCAUACUUCUAAUUAACAAAUCACACUCCUGCUGGGAUUUUGUCUAAUUUUGUUAAUGAUUAUUACAGUAACAGACUGAAUUGGACUUCACUCAAUCCUAUUACCAUUACUUGUUAGAAUUUUGAUUGUUAGAAACCAGUAAGAUUACAAUGGAAUUCCUUGAUUGUGUAACUAGGAUUUUCAUUUUUAUAACAAUUUCUGAUAAUGGUUGUGUAGCUAAUUAAAUUAAUGUACUUAGUUUGUUUAUAUGAAGCUCAAAACUAACUUUAUACUUAAAUAGCCUUUUGCACUAGUUUCUGACUGUUCAAACUUUACUACAAAGUAGAUUUUAACCAGUCAGCCUGAUACAGAUGUUCUCUUAAAGUGAGCAAAAUAUAUAUAUGUUUUUCAUGAGCACCAAAAUUUUAUUGAAAUGUACCUUAAAAACCAAAAUGCUGUCACAGGUGAUAUCAGUGAAACUAUAUUUUGAGAUUUC